CGCUGAAAUAAUCGCCGCGGAAGAAACGAGCGGAUCCCUCUCAUGUCAGCGCACAUGACGAGCUUCCCCGUGUAAUGGUCGCCGGGUUCUAGUGGGAUGCACAUCAGUGCGUGGCCGUACUCGCUCUCCGUCGUAAUGGCAGCUCUGUACCAGGGCACGGACGCCUCCUCUCCGGACAAAUUUCUGGCCUUGAAAGACGUCAGGGAAGUGAAGGAGGAAACCACACUGGACGAGAAGCUCUUCCUACUGGCGUGCGAAAAAGGCGAUUACUACAUGGUGAAGAAACUCCUGGAGGAGAAUCGACACGGCGAGCUCAACAUCAACUGCGUGGACGUGCUGGGCCGAGACGCCGUGACCAUCGCCAUUGAGAAUGAGAAUCUGGACAUCCUGCAGCUCCUGCUGGAGCACGGCUGCCAGGCAACAGACGCCUUGCUGGUGGCCAUAGACUCGGAGGUGGUUGGAGCUGUGGACAUCCUGCUCAACCACAGGCCGAGGCGAUCCUCCAAGCCCUCGAUCGCUAAACUGAUGCAGAGGAUCCAGAACCCAGAGUACUCCACCACGAUGGACGUGGCCCCGGUCAUCCUGGCAGCUCACAGGAACAACUACGAGAUCCUGACCAUGCUGCUGAAGCAGGACAUCUCUCUCCCGCGGCCUCACGCCGUGGGCUGCGAGUGCACGCUCUGCAACGCUAAAAACAAAAAGGACAGCUUACGACACUCCAGGUUUCGUCUUGACAUCUACCGCUGCCUCGCCAGCCCCUCUCUCAUCAUGCUGACGGAGGAAGAUCCCAUACUCAGGGCCUUUGAGCUGAGUGCAGACCUGAAGGAGCUCAGCCUGGUGGAGGUGGAGUUCAGAAACGACUACGAGGAGCUGGCGAAACAGUGCAAGAUGUUCGCCAAGGACCUGCUGGCUCAGGCUCGGAACUCCCGGGAACUCGAAGUGAUUCUCAACCACACGUCCAGCGAGGAUCACGUGGACAAGCGAGGCUUGCUGGAGGAACGCAUGAACCUCAGCCGACUCAAACUCGCCAUCAAGUACAACCAGAAAGAGUUUGUGGCUCAGUCCAACUGCCAGCAGUUCCUCAACACCGUGUGGUUCGGCGAGACGGCCAGCUACCGCCGCAAGCACACCUGCCUGAAGAUGGCCACCGUGCUGAGCGUGGCCGUGCUCUGGCCGCUGCUGUCCAUCUGCUACCUUCUGGUGCCGCGCUCUCGGGUCGGCCAGAUCAUCCACACGCCUUUCGUGAAGUUCAUCAUCCACAGCGCCUCCUACUUCACCUUCCUGCUGCUCCUCAACCUGUACUCUCUGGUCUACAACGAGGACAAGAAGAACACCAUGGGCCCCGCGCUGGAGAUGAUCGACUAUCUGCUCAUCCUCUGGAUCAUUGGAAUGGUGUGGUCAGAUGUGAAGCGUCUGUGGUACGAGGGUCUGGAAGACUUUCUGGAAGAGUCGAGGAACCAGCUGAGCUUCGUGAUGAAUUCCCUCUACCUGGCCACCUUCGCCCUGAAGAUCGUUGCUCAUAGCAAGUUCAAAAAUGCACAGGAAACAGAGAGGAAGAACUGGGACGCUUUCCAUCCCAUCCUGGUGGCCGAGGGCCUCUUCGCCUUCGCCAACGUUCUGAGUUACCUGCGGCUGUUCUUCAUGUACACCACCAGCUCCAUUCUGGGGCCGCUCCAGAUCUCCAUGGGUCAGAUGCUGCAGGAGUUCGGAAAGUUCCUGGGUCUCUUCCUGCUCGUCUUGUUCUCCUUCACCAUCGGACUCACCCAGCUGUACGGGAAAGACCAGAAAGACCCCGACAAGAAUCCACCCAAAGACUGUGAGGGCAUCUUCUGCCAGCAACAGAGCAAUGAUGCAUUCCACACAUUUAUGGGGACCUGCUACGCUCUGUUCUGGUACAUCUUCUCCCUGGCGCACGUGGCGCUCUUUGUCACUCGGAUCAGCUACACCGAGGAGCUGCGCUCCUUCGUCGGCGCCUUGAUCAUCGGCACCUACAACAUCGUGGUGGUUAUCGUGCUGACCAAGCUGCUGGUGGCCAUGCUGCACAAGAGCUUCAGGCAAAUCGCCAAUCACGAGGAUAAGGAGUGGAAGUUCGCUCGGGCCAAACUGUGGCUCAGCUACUUUGACGACAAGUGCACUCUGCCUCCGCCCUUCAAUAUCCUCCCCUCCCCGAAGACGGUGUGCUACUUGGUGACCAGCAUGAGGAAGUGGAUCUGCUCGCACACCUCAAAGGGAAAAGUGAAGCGACAGAACAGCCUUAAGGAGUGGAAGAACCUGAAGCAGAAACGUGACGAGAACUACCAGAAGAUCAUGUGCUGCCUGGUCCACCGCUACCUGACCUCCACGCGGCAGAAGAUGCAGAGCACGGACCAGGCCACGGUGGAGAAUCUCAACGACCUGCGCCAAGACCUGUCCAAGUUCCGCAACGAGAUGAGGGACCUGCUGGGCUUCCGGACGUCCAAAUACGCCAUGUUCUACCCGAGGAGCUGAGACGCGGGACUCGCCGCUCCCUCCCUCCGUCGUCUUCAUAAAAUCUCUGCUUCUUGUCUAUCUGGGAUACUAUGUGACCCGAGCAUGUG